AUGAAAAUAUUGGCCGAUGUCUGUAGUUUAGUUGAGAUAGAUCCAAAAGGCAAGAUGUUUGAUGACGUAUCUCGUGGUAUCUUAAAAAGUGACCAAACAACAUUUCAUAUUGAUUUUCAUACGGGUUUACUUAAAUGUAAAAAGAUGGAUAAAUUAGAGAUAGCGAUUUUUUCUAAUGAUAAUAAGUUUAAUGAAAGUAAUAUUCCAGAUAAGUAUAACUAUUUAAUGGGUAAUGGGGUUGUUUAUAAACGAGAUAUUAAAGAUGGGGUUUAUGUAGUAGAUAUGUCAUUUUCAGGGUUAUUAGUGCAGAUAAGUCAAUCUACACCCAUCACUAAAGAACUAGAGGAGGAGAAGAGGUUUUACUUGGGGAUAGCUGCCUUGUAA